AUGUUCAAAAUCAAUGGUGUUUUGCCCGAUACGAUCAAGUUGUGCCUAUUUCCAUUUUCACUUGUUGGGAAAGCCCGAAGUUGGCUUCUCGCCCAAGAAGGUGGUUCCAUAACCACCUGGGAGAUCUUAGUUGAUAAGCUCUUAAAGAAAUAUUUUCCAACUUCUAAGAUCAACAAGUUGAGAAACAAAAUCAUUACUUUUCAUCAACAAGAUGGUGAGUCAUUCACUGAAGCAUGGCACCGAUACAAAGAGAUCAUACGCAAAUGUCUCUACCACGGAGUGGAGUCAUGGCAAACCCAAGACACAAUUGCUAAAGGAGUCAUUGCAGACUUAACACCCACUACUACUUUGGCAUUGAUGGACAAGUUAGUUGUAAAUGACUAUGGACCUUCAAAAGCAUCUAGCUCUGGAAAGAAGGCAGUUCUAUACCAAGUGGAGGAUGACAGUAUCUUGCAGGCGAAAGUUGAAGCAUUAACAGUCGAGAUGGCGAAGUUGCUUGAGAAGAAAGGAAGUGUGGCCGAGAAGUGUACGACUUGUGGAGGAGAGCAUAAAUUGAUAGUAUGCCCGUUUGAAGCUACUGAAGAAGCAUCCAAUGUCAAUUAUCAAGGGGGAUUACAAAACAGUCCAUAUAGUCGAACUUAUACCCCUGCCUGGUGGAGCCAUCCUAACUUUAGUUGGAGGAACUCUUCAACUUCCGCUCCACCAGGAUUCACUCAAAAAGAAGCAACAGGUGAUUCUAAGCCUGAUCUAGAAGAUAUCAUGAAGAAAUACACCGAAGUUACUAAUGUUCGGAUGAGCAAUGCUAACGAAGAGAUGAAACCGCAAAAAGUCUCAUUACAGAACAUUGAAAAGGAGUUGGGAAGACUAAUCCAACGUGUCACACCCCGAUAUUUCCACAUAUUACCGGUGGGCCCGACGGGGAGUAUCUUGACGUAG